AUGACCGUUGCUACCGCCAAGGCAAAUUCCAAACACAAUAUUGCCAUUUCCCAAGCGCGAGAUUAUGUCAGUAUUCGGGAAAGCAAGGCCGGUAUACAGCAAUUUGAUAAGAUCCCGCCAGCAUCAAUUCACGGAACAUCAACCCCGCAGGAUCUCAACCUCGCCGUCCACGCUCUUAAUCGAGCUACGAUUGAGCCGCAGCAGGUAGACGCGCCGCUCACACGGUCUGCAACGUUCUUGGUGUUUACAAUUACCGAUGUGCCGACUUCUGUACCGACGAUUCAAUCAGCUCUAGCAAAUUUGAAUGGCCUCUCCAAAAGUGUUUCAUUCCGUGACCAAAGCGCUCAAUUGUCCUGCACAGUUGGCAUUGGUGCCGAUGCAUGGGAUAUGAUAACCAGAGCGCCUCGCCCAGCUGAAUUGCGACCGUUUCGGGCUAUCCAGGGAAAGACGCACAAAGCUGUUUCAACGCCUGGCGACUUGCUUUUCCAUAUACGCUCAGAUCGUCGCGAUAUGUGUUUUGAGUUUGAGAAACAACUACAGAGUCAACUGGGUGAUGCGGUCAAGCUGGUAGACGAGACUGUGGGCUUUCGCUACUGGGAUGGGAGAGACCUCCUAGGAUUCGUCGACGGCACUGCCAAUCCUACUGGGAAGGCUAUACCUGUGUCGACUUUGGUGGCAGAGGAGGAUUGGGCCGGGGCUGGUGGCAGCUACGUCGUUGUUCAGAAGUACGUACACGAUCUAUCGAACUGGCAAGCCUUGUCAAUAGACAAGCAAGAGGCAAUUAUUGGCCGCAGCAAGCUGGAUAAUCUGGAGCUCGAUGAUGCAGCCGAUGACCAGCAAAAGCCUCAUAAGCAACUAGCUACAGUCACAGACGCAGAAGGGAAUGAACAUGCCAUUCUACGCGACAACAUGCCAUUCGGGUCGCCAGCAUCGGGAGAGUUUGGUACGUACUUCAUUGGAUACUCGAGGCGGUUAUGGGUGAUCGAAAGGAUGCUGGAGCGAAUGUUUAUUGGUGAUCAUCCUGGCUUACACGACCGCAUACUUGACUUUUCUAGACCUCUGACUGGCACAACAUUCUUUGCUCCAUCAGCUGAGACAUUAGCAGGUCUGGAUCCUGACACCUAA